AUGCAGCACACGCAAGAACUGCAAGGCCGUUGGAACGGCUGGCUCAUCGAUGCGAAGAAGCGCGUGGACCCUCUGGAAGCGCUGUGGCUGCUGACCAAGGCCCACAUCAACGUCUUCACCACCACGGCCAGCGAAUUCGGCAAGGAGAAGGAACAGACCCUUUCCGUCAAGUGGGCUCUUGAUCUCAUCUACCUCUACAUCGACAGUAAAGUGCCAAAAUCAAUCGAGACGGGCAUACUUGCUGGCCGAGCUCUGGUUACGAGCAAGCACAUCAGCCUAUUGCCACAGGACCUCAACGCCAUCCGCAAGAAGCUGCUCCAUCUCCUCAACAACUCGAAGGAAGUGAUUGGCAACCCUCCCCUCCUGUCGGCAUGCAUACUGCUGGUGCCUGAUGUACUGCUGCCGAACGACGACGAGAUGGCGAGGAGCUUUACCCUUGUGUUAUCCGAUCAUUUUGUCAAUUCUGCUGAUCAGGGCGUCUCGUUCCGUGCCGGAAGGAUGCUGUGUAAGAUCCUGGCGGCGCACCCGAGCUUGCGACCGAUGAUUGUAGCGCAGGUGGCCGAGUUUACCGCCACCAUGUGGCUCCAGCACGAAAUGGACAUCCACGACUCUAAGCUGGGCGGAUCGUUGGACAAGAUGUGCCUCCUGCUCAAGAAGUGGGACGAAACCGAGCUCGACGGGCGAGACAUCAAGGGUCCUGAGAUGUGGAUCAGCUUCGUUGAAUCUCUGGCCUUGAUCUUUGCCCUGUGCUCUCCUUCAUCGUCGAUCAGGUCACGAGCACUGACCAUCCUCGAACUGGCCCAUCGACUGUCGCCACGAUUCUACGGACGAACGGGCAAGGACAAAGAGAGGAGGAAGAGGGUCAUUGAAGUGUUCUUCCAGGAGUAUCACCGGCGCGAGGCCCUUGGCCCGACCACGGACUACGCUCCACCGACGACGAGCAUGCUCGAGUCCUGGCUGAACGGCCUAUGCAAGGAGGUCGAGACGUCCAAAUACGAAAACUGGGCUGAAAUCAUCACCAUCGUGCUCAAGAACUGCCAGCACCCGCUCUUCGUCUCUUGGAACUUGGUGGCGCUCAAGAUCGAGAAGUGUCUGGCCAGCAAGACCGGCGCCGAGCACUCCAUCAAGGAGAACAUGUGGUGGAAGAGCCUCAUCGUAUUCUCUUGCGUCAGCGCAGACGCCGAGGCCACGCAGACCAAGAACAACUUCCUCAACACCGUGGCCGAAAACAAGGUGUCCUUGACGACUCUGUUCGACCUCAUACUGAAGGCCAAGGGCAAUCAGUUCCCUCGUGACGUCGCCAUUGCCGGACUCGGACGGCUGGCCCUCCACCCGCAAACGUACAAGACGCUGCAUCAGUGCAUCUCCGAAAGCAAGAAGCUGUGGAAAACGUCGAUGAUCGGGGCCAUCUGCGCUUUUAUUGCGGAGGAGCAGCUCAAAAAGAUGACCGACAUGAACACCUUCCGCGUGGCCAUCAACAUCUUGAAGGAAUUCCUCGAGGCCACGCUCCCCGCGUUCCAAGUGGAAGAGGAGAUCGACGGACAGGAACUCCUUUCAGGCAUUACAAGCACUCAACGCUACUAUUUCUGCAAAGUCGUUCAUCACGCCUCCUGGCAGGCACAUCUCCGUGAGGAGAUCGCCUUUGAGCCGUCCAAGUUCAAGCUGGACCUGAAGAAGGAGGAGAAGGAGUGGAGCAGGCCAGGCACCCUGACGAGCUACAUCAAUGGCGAGAUCGCCACUCUUCACACGUCCGCAUCGCAAGCCGCAGCCUACCUGCUGUGCCAAAAAUUCGAGGACAAGAUGCACAUGAACCCGAAGGGAGGCAUCAGUGGCUCGUCCAUCAUCCAGCACCUCGACGGAGACAUCAAGCACUACAACCCUGAUGUGAGUCUGACCCACCUCGACCUUGUACCGAUAUUUGCUGCGGCGUGUUUGGGAAUGAAGCACUUUAUCGUGCUCAACUGCGGCGGCAUCUUCAAUGACAAGGCGUCCGACGGCGGUAAAGUGUUCACCGAACUCGUAAAUAAGUGUUACGAUUCCCAUCUUCAAGUUGCGGAAGGCUACUUCGACGCUCUGGUCCAUUCGUGCCAGGCGACGGAACCGGCGCACUACCCCAGGCAAGAGCCCACAGUCGUCCAGACGCUGCUCUACCUGGCCUUCUACAAGCUGGCGGAUGGCAAGGUCGAGGCGAGGAGAAAGGCCGUCGAGCUGAUCAAAUGGCUCAGCGACGCCGUGGACAAGGCCCUGCGGCUGAAUCUGCAGACCCAGCAAGUGCAGCCUUACUACAAUAUGGCUGUCGCCAGCAGCCUCCAGCGAGACGUGGGCUACGCUUCGUGGCAGUCCGAGAUCGCGAGCAUCCUGUGUACGCAGGAGGAGGCUGGGCAGGUGGCGGGCACCAUGAUCAAGGAGCUGAUCGAACGCGUGAAGCAAAACUCGGUGUCGCGAAGGCAGAUCUUCAAGCACGUAGAGUGGAUCCUGCCCUGGAUCAACACCCUGGUUUCGGUGAGCGGCGGCCUGCUCGAGCAAAUGUUCAGCCUCAUCAAGGAGCACCACAACAACCAGCCGAUCGAGAUCCAGAAGAUCUGGUGCACGCUUGCCAGAAAGCCGUCGAACGUCAAGACCAUCCUCGAGUACUUCCUCGACGAAGCCAGAUGGGCGGACAUGCAAAGGAACGGUUACGACCUCACGCUGGCCAAGUGGUUGAUGGUGUCGAUGGUGCAAAAGAACAACAUCCGAGCCCUCUACACCACCGAUGACAUCCAGGACGCGCAGAAGCUCAACAAGCUGAUCAUCGACUCCCUCGUCGCCGAGAUUGAAGAGAUCCCAGGAAACCCCGACGUGGAGCGGCACCAGCGUGCCCUCUCCUUCCUGACCGAGAUCAUCGUCGAGGUGCCCGUACAGGAGUACGCGGCCCAUCUGCCGACGAUCACCCACGUAUUGUUCUUGGGUCUCGUACGGGAGGAAGCGGUAGCCAGCACCAGGAAGGACAUGCGAAUGCGGUACUGCGAGCUGUGCAGCAACCUGCUCAACGUCUUCGGCUUCCAGCAGUGGCGGAAGUCCGCCCAAUCCUGGGAGGACGCCGACUUCUUGCACGCCAACAAGAUCGAAGGACUCUUCAGGCUGGCCGACGGCAAGGAGGACGCUCUGUCGGACAAGAUGCUGGCCAGCGUGGACAACAUGUGCUUGAGGGUGUGCGACUUCCUGUUCCAGGAGAGGACAUUCUCGGGCGCGCGCCGUGAAUGGAGUUUGAAAGCUUUGGAGUUUGCGGAGAAGUCUUCAACGAUGCGGAUGAAGAAGCUGUCGUACCAUAUCUACCGCUUCCUUCUGUCGGAGAUCUCGUUCCUCGAUCACGUGGCAGAGGACGUGACCAAGCUCUCUCGCCACUUUGUGGGAGCCCUCAAGCUCUGGGAGGUCGACAAGGAGGGCGCCAAGCACAUCACCCUCGAGCUCACGCAAACGAUCCACCGCAUGUUCCUGCUGGUGGAGCGCGAGGGGCAGCUUCCCAAGUUCCCCGAGCUGUUCUGGCUGCCCGUGGCCAUGGCCGACAAAUGCGUUCACAAGGGAUUCGUUCCCAUCCAGUUGGUCAACUUCUUCUCUUCGAUGGUGUCCAAGCUCCAGAACUCCAAGCAGCUUGAGCCCUUCUGCACUGAGAUCAGCAUCAGGAAUCCGGACAAGCGGUUCGUGGGUUUCCACCCGCUGCUGACCAUGUGCCUCGUGAAGGCCGACGUAAAUACCAAGGACGAGCUCAUGAGGUUGAUCUUUGAUUUCGUCAACAUGCCCGAAUGGGAUGCCAUCUUCCAGUGCAAGAGCCUGCAGCUGUUUGUUCGUAACGCGAUGGGAAUGCUGCCCUUCUACGUGGACUACAUUCACAGGAAUCCAGACUUCAUUUCUGAGAGAUUCCCCACCAUCAUUAAGCAAUGGCUGGACUCGGAGCCGACGCCAACCGCCGAUGUGAGGGAGUGUCUGUUGGGCAUCGACGACAUCUUCGGCAGCAAAUGGAGUUCGGCCGCCCACCUCCAGGCCCACCUCCAGCAGAACCCGCUCGACCUGACCGACGACAAGGAGUUCAAGAUCACCUUCUACGUCUGGCUCCUCGGUGAGAAGGCCAACAUUCUCAUCCCGCUGCUGCUGAGGAAGCUCGACUUCCCGGCGAUGGCCAUAUUCUACCGCCAGCACGCGUCGUCGCAGCUCGACGAAACCAAAAUCAACCUCUUCUGCUUCAACGAUCUCAAGUCCAACAUGUGGGGCGGUUCCUUCGCCUCGCGCAUUGUUGUCAGCCCUCCUAGCUCGUCGGGAACCGCGUCGGCACCAGCCUCUGCGCAGGUGGCGCCCAGCUCGGUCGACAAGGCCAAGGAAACAGCGAAGAAAUUGCCGAUGGGCCGCUCCGAUGACACCCUGGAAUCGUCGGCCCGGUCUGGUUCCUUCGACCACGAACGGCCGCCCAGGCUUAGCAUCGACGAGAAGCGAAGGCUCCCCGUCGCGGACGACGACGACGAGAGGAGCCAGUCGGCGCGUCCGCGAGACAAGGACCACGACCGCGACAGAGAGCGGGACAAGCGCGCGGUGCCGUCGUCGGCCCGCUCGCGCGACAAGGACCGCGGCGGCAGGGACAGGGACCGCGACCGCGACAGGGACAGGGACAGGGACAGGGAUCGCGACCGGGACCGCGACCGCUCGGGCCGCAGCCGCAGGGACGACGACCCCGACAAGAAGGCGCGCAGCAGCCGCAGCAAGGAGUCGUCGUCGCGCACCAAAGAGCGGAGCAGCAAGCGCAGCGGCCGCGACAAGGACGACGACCGCGACCGCGACCGCGACCGUGAUGGGAGCAGCAGCAGCCGCAGCCGGCGGGGCGAAAGGGGCGGCGAGCGCCGCGAGAAGUCGUCGGCUCGCAGCGGCUCCAGGAGGAAGGACGACGACGACCAGUCGUCGACGCGCGUGGACAGCGCCGACAUCGACGCGGUGGUGUCGGCGGUGGUCGACCAACUGUCGCCGGAGCGGGUCGUCGCCGACCCGGACGAGCGCGACCACAGCCCGGUGCGCGCUGCGAGGCCCGUGGGCUCGCCCUCGCCCUCGACCACCUACCGCAACGCGCUCACCCUCACCCGCGAGGCGCCCGUGCCCCAGAAGGUCGAGAGCCUGGACUCGCCUCGCGCUGAGUCCGAAGAGGACGAGCCGUACGGCAAGGAUGAUCAGGAGCGAGUGGAGGAUGGUUCGAAUUCCGAGGAGGAGGACCUGCAGCUCGACCUGGAGCUCGAACUCGAGAUGGAGGAGCCGCAGCUCGAGAUGGAGGAGGCUCGGGCGGAGAGCGAUGAUGAGGGCCGCCGCUCCAACGAGAUCUACGCGGUCGAAGACGACGACGAUGAUGACGACCGCCUGAUGGCGACGACCACGCCGUCGUCGGGCCAGUACGGGUUCGCCGAGUUUGACGACGUGCUCCUGUCGAAGAGCUCGCUGCUGCAGAGCCUGCAGAGCCACAGCCAGCCGGCCGACGGCUCGGUGUCGUCGCUGGCCCGGGCCGUGGAGUACCUCGACAGCCGGUCGGACAGCGACCGCGACGACCGGUCGGAGCGGAGCUAUUCGUCGGAUGACGAGGACCUGUACAAUCCGAUGCCAAGAGACGACCGCGACGAUGAUGAAGACGACGAGACCGUCGAUGCCAAGCAACUCAUCCGCGAAUUCUGGCAACAGGGAGUGAAUGAGCUGGAGCGGAUCCUGAAGAGCGGUUACAUGAUCUACACCGAAGACCUCUACCUGCCUCCCGUGGACGAGAAUACUCCCGAGGAGAUCAUCCACUGCGAGCCGCACGCCAACAGAGAGGCCAAGCAGUACGCCUUGUCCAAGGCCAUGGACUACUUCGAGCUCCUGAAGGCCGCGCUCGAUGACCCCAACAACGAGUGGGAGGAUAGACAGGAGGUGGAGGAGAUCCACCACAGCAUCAAUGAGCUUCUGCGCAGCAGCUACUUCAACGUGUAG